AUGGCCUCUUCUUCAAACAUGCAAUCCACUAGCUCAUAUAUGAACAAUGGAGGACAUCACUCUGAGCAGAGCUACGACGCCUCAUAUGAUAACCAGAACCAAGACGAUCCCAUGAGCAAGUACGCCAGGAUACUUUUCGAGCACACUCGCAGGCAGAUGGACAACGCCACACAUUCCAUCCGCGCUGGAUCAGAAGAACAAAAGUCGACCAUAUCGCGCGAGCGCCUGACUCACAGCCAUAGUCAAGGUCAAACUUCAGUUGCCUAA